AUGGCCGGCCGCCCCGUUGCGCGCUCGCGGAGGCUACGGCUGCUGGCCGCGCUGCCACCGCUCGCGCUGCUGGGCCGGCUGGCGCUCCAGGUGCCCCAGCCGCCUUGCUGGGUGCGGGGCGCGGCGAUCGCCCGCGGCCGUGGAGAGUGCGGGCCGCUGUCGCGGGCUGCCGCCGGCGGUGCUGGCAGCGGUGCUGGUACGAGCUCCAGCCGCAAGAAGGUCGUAAUCAUAGGAGCUGGCUGGGGCGGCCUCGGAACGGCGCACAAGCUGUCCAAGGAUCCCAACAUUGACGUCACUGUAGUCGACGCGGCGCCGCGUCCUGGCGGCCUGGUGAACGAUGGUUUUCAGACUCCGGGAGGCCGCCCGAUGGAGGCUGGCAUCCAUGGUUUCUGGGACGAGUACGACAACAUCUUCAAGCUCGUUCACGAGGAGCUGGGCCUGAGCGGCGAUCAGGACCCCUUCACUGGUUACGAGGAACAGGGGCAGUACAGUCCCCAGGGGCUGGAAGCCGUCUGGCCGAUCUACCGCGAUCAGCCCAAACUGCCCACAGGACUUGGACAGGCUCUCUUCACCCGGUUCACGAAUCUUUCGCCUUUGGAUCGUGCCACCGCCGCACCGUUGAUCUUGGCCUUCAGCGAGUUCGACGAUUCCCCUGAGGCGUGGGAGAAAUUCGACCGCAUGUCUUUCAGGGAUCUCUGCUCCAAGCUGGGAGUGUCGCGCAAGCUUUACGACGAGGCCUUCGAGCCGAUGAUCCUCACGGGGCUGUUUGCGCCUGGGGAGCAGUGCAGCGCCGCUGCCGCGCUGGGCAUGGCGUAUUUCUUUGUGCUGAAGGGGCAGAACGCAUUCGACGUCCGCUGGUGCCGCGGUAACGUCGGCGAGAAGAUCUUCCAGCCUUGGGUGGGGCAGAUGGAGGAGCGCGGCAACGUCCGCUUCUGCUCUGGCUGUCGUGUCGCAGACGUCAUCGAGGCCGAGGGUGGCGGCCAGCUGUCCGGCGUCCAGUGCCGGAACACGACGAGCGGCGAGGAGUUCUGUCUCGAGGCCGACGAGGUUGUCUUCGCCGUCGGCAUGGGCGCUCUGAAGGCCAUGUCGCGCUGGCCAGUGCUGGCGAAGCACCCAGAGUUUGCGCGCUUCGGGAAUCUGAGGGGAACAGACGUGCUCGCCACCAGGCUGUGGUUCGACCGCGACGUGCAGACGCCAUACUGGGCGAACCCCAGCUGGGGAUUCGACGAGGGCGUCGGCAUGGUCUGGUUCGACGUGAAGCGCAUGCACGCGCCGACGCAUGACCAUGAGCCUGGCGCUGUGAUCGAGAUGGACUUCUAUCACGCGGGAUCGUUGCUGCCCCUUAGCGACGACGCGCUCGUGGAGAAGGUCACCGCGCAGCUUCGCACCAUGGUGCCUGGUUUCGGGGGCGCGAAAGUGGUGGACGCUGCCGUGGUGCGACUUCCCGGCGGCGUGAAUUGGUACUUCCCAGGAUCCUACCGCAGCAUGCCGGAGACCAAGUCCUCGAGCUUCAGGAACGUGCACUUUGCUGGUGAUGUCGUGCGCAGCCGGCACGGCAGCUGGAGUCAGGAGAAGGCCUACGUCAGCGGCGUUGAGGCCGCUAACGCCAUCCUCGGCCGCGACGCGUGGCACGGCGUCGAGCGCCUGCGGUCCGACGAGCCGCACGUAGCGGCGGGCAGGGCGGCCUCGCGGCUGCUGCGCGCCGUGCUGGGCGGCGGCAGCCCGGCGCGCGGGCCCUCGGUGGCGGACUUCCUGUUCUGA